GGGGCUAUGAGAUCUCGCGAUAGUUUGGUUCGCGGCGGCCGCAGUGAUGUCACGUGUUAGUCGUUCCGCAUAUCGCGAUAUGAGCGGCUGCUGUGGUUACUGUGGAGACACCGAGAGGUUCUCACAAGAGAAACUACAUGAAGACCAAUGCCCAGAAUCAAUAAGACCAUCGUAUUGACCCUUCUCAUUGUGACCAGUUCAGUUUUUCUAUUAUUUCAGCUUUACUACUAUAAACAAUAUUUUGUAUCAAAGAAUGGGUCCAAUCUUUCUGAUUUGAAAGCAAGUUACGAUGUGGAAGACAGUGUGCACUGGAAAGUGGUCAAAAAGUUCCUCAAAAUGGUCUCUAUCCAAAAUGUUCCUUUAUAUCUCAUUGAUCCUUUGGUUUUGGGACGGCUGAAUGAAAAUCAACGUCAGCAAAGUACGAGCAGCAGUGGGCUGAAGUGCAAAUACCUGUGCUUUCCCAGAGAGUUUACUACAUUUGCACUCUUGGAUAAAUUUUGGAAAAACAAUGCAUCCCUAAAGAAAGCAGCCGAGAAGGAAGGAUUUGAGUGGAUGGAGCUGCAUGGGAAGGAUCCACGCCUAGCAGGAAUGGAUGGUCUUUCUGGCACAGAAAUUCCACUGCAUUGCAUCUUUAAGAUGCAGAAUCAUGCCAUCCACCUUGUGGUAUUUUAUGAGCGGAGUGGGAACUACCUUUGGCAUGGGCAACUACGGCUCAAACAAAAUGCAGACAGAAAAUUUGUGCCUUUUCGAAAGCUCCAUUUUGGACAUCACCCGGGAGCCUAUGACAAACCAGAGCUGCGUCUAGCUUCAAUUGAUGGAUUAGAAAUUCACAUUCCUAAGAAAAUAACCCAUUUUUUGGAUGAAGUUUCUCAGUCCAAGUUUAUUGAGUGCAGAUAUAAAGAAGCUCGAGCAUUUUAUCAGCUUUACCCUGAUGACACAUCUCAAGAAGCCACAGAGUUUCGUAAAAAGGCUAAGAAUUUGCUUCAGUUGGCUGUUAAAACAUUAAAUGGCCUCAGGAUACCGUUCUGGCUCAGCAGUGGAACUUGUUUGGGGUGGUUCAGACAAUGCAGUAUCAUCCCCUACAGUAAAGAUGUGGACCUGGGAAUUUUGAUAAAGAACUACACACCUGAAAUUAUCCCGGCAUUCCAGAAGGCAGGACUUCCACUUAAACACAAGUUUGGGAAGGUGGAAGAUAGCCUGGAGCUUUCCUUCCAGGCUCAUGAUGUGAAGCUUGAUAUAUUCUUCUUUUAUGAAGAGAUGCACAACAUGUGGAAUGGAGGAACCCAGGCUAAAACUGGCAAGAAAUUUAAGUAUAUGUUUCCCAAAUUUACCCACUGCUGGACUGAAUUCCUAGAAAUGAAAGUAGGAGUCCCGUGUGAAACGCUUGCGUAUGUGGAAGCAAACUAUGGCAGGAACUGGGCAAUUCCUGUGACUAGUUGGGAUUGGAAGACCUCGCCAUCUAAUGUGCACGAAUAUGGAGUUUGGCCUAUCAGUGAGUGGGAUGAUGUUAUCCAGGUGUACUGAGAAUUGAUGGAAUUGAAAAGGCAAAAUGGGAAAUCCUAACACAACUAAUGCUCAAUUAUAUGGAGGGAGAAAACUGUGUCUAACGUACACUACAGUAAUAACGUAAUAAUCACUUUUUUUAAAAAAACU